AUGUCACGUUUGUCACAAAAAAUGUGUUCAAAGAAAGUGGAUCUUAAUAAGCAAUUUAUGAAAUGCUAUUCUUCUUGGAGAAACAACUUAUCAACCACGUUAAAAACCUUUAAGAAAACUAUGCCAAGUUUGGAAGACAAGUUUAAAGACAUUUCUAAAAAAACUCACCCUCGUGUAGAACACAUCCAAGGUGAUUUUGAAGUAGUAAAAUCUGUUGGUCAAAAACCAGUGUUUAAAUUUAAACCAUUACCAUUAAGUAUGUUAAAUAAAGUCAAAUAUUGCCUUAAAACUGAAAAUUUAUCUAAUUAUUGUGGUGAUCGCAGCUAUUAUUUCAUUGGCCCAUUAGCUAAAAUCGAGCAUGCCCUUGUCCAGUACACGUUAGCAAAAUUAAUAAAAAAAGGCUUCAAAUUAGUUUCAGUUCCGGAUAUAUUGCCAGAUGAAUUAAUUGAAAGGUGUGGAAUGGAUACAGCUGGAGAAAGAAAUCAAGUUUACACAUUUGAUAAUAAUUAUUACGGCAAGAAAUGGUGCUUAUCUGGAACUUCUGAAAUGGCUUUAGCUGGGUCUUUAAUGAACAAAAAUGUAUCUAAAGAUAAACUUCCCUUAAAAUUGUGUUCAGUUAGUCGUUGCUAUAGAGCUGAAGUUUCCAGCAUUGCUGAGGAAAAAGGAAUUUUUAGGGUACAUCAGUUUACCAAAGUUGAAAUGUUUGGAGCAUGUCUACCUGAAGAAUCAGAAAACAUGGCUCUUUAUUUUCGAGAUAUUCAAGAAGACUUAUUACAGCCAUUCAAUUUACAUUAUCGUGUAUUAGAUAUGGCCAAACAUGAGCUUGGGACACAAGCAUAUCGAAAAUAUGAUAUUGAGGCAUGGAUGCCAGGAUGUAAUAAAUAUGGGGAGAUUUCAAGUUGUAGUGACUGUACAAAUUAUCAAUCUGAACGACUGGGUAUUCAUUCCGACGGAAUUAUUUUACAUACUGUAAAUGGAACAGCAUGUGCUGUUCCCAGGUUAAUUAUUGCUCUUGCUGAAACUCAUCAAACCAUUGAUGGAUCACUAAUAUUACCUGAGAAACUUAAUGAUUAUGUUAUAGAGCAAAAUUUGUUUAAAAGUGGAUCUACUUUUCCUAAGUUUACUCCUGUACAAGCACAUCGAUAUAAAAUGUAA